AUGUCAGUGUUCCAUAGGAAGCAUUCUAAUUCUAAUUCCAAAAAUCAGCCCGUCUUGCUUUCUUCGGAACGUCCAAAUAAUAGUAUCACUGAAUCCUUGCCAGAAGAAGUGCCAGAUCGUGUCGAAGAGAUUAAAGACGAAGUUGUUGAAAUGACUAAAGGUGAUCGUAAAAUUCCCCAUAGGACCAUUGACCAUUUCAGGUCUUAUCCAUUGGUGCAACAAACCCGUUCCUUCGUGCAUCAACUUCCAAUUGCAAGAGUUGUUAUUGCAAACACUAAACCUGUCGUUAAACAGGUUUUAGAAUCCAAGCCUUUACAAUUAGCUUUACCAGUUACCAAUUUCUUCGAUAACGUUGCUAACUCAAGUUUGAACUUGACUGAAAAGGUUGUACCUUCUAUCAAGACCAAGACUUAUGGUACUCUGAGAGAUGAAGCCAUGUAUCCUUGCAAUAUUACUGUUGAUUAUGGUAAGAAAGCUAAGGAUAGGGCCGUCUUAGUUGUUGAUGAGAACGUCUAUAAGCCAAGCCAUAAUCAAGUGAUGAAAUUUAGGAAAUACUACAAUGAGAAAUUUUAUGACACAAAGGGUAGACCAUUGGUUAGAAGUUCAUUGGAUCCAGUUACGGGCCCCAUUAACAACGUUUUUGAAAAGAUGACAGUUAAAUAUUUCCCAGAAGGCGAAACAGUUCCAAAAGAGGGUUAUUCUUGUGAAAUCAAUAGAAGUGCAGCUUUGGCUCAUAACCUAGUUCACAGAUCGUACCCAGUGGUUCGGAACAACGUCUUUUACGUUACAAUGAUUCCAUGUAACUACGCUCUUUACAUCAACCAAGUCUUCAAUGAGUCCUUAGAUAAACAACCUAAUUUGAACGCAAAACACUGCUGGGAUGCUACCAAGAUGGCGCUAGGUAGAAUUAGGAAAGAAACUAUUGAUUCGAUCAAGGAAAGAACUCCAUGGCAAAACAAGCGUGCUAUGAAGAAACCACAAGGAUUUAAACCAAAUCAAGAUCCAGUGGAAGAUUUUCAAGAAAGAAUUAGAGAAGUCGAGAAUCAAUUACAGGAGAAAGUAGCCGCUUAG